UCCCUCCCCUCCCCAAGGCUCCAACAGGCAACAGUCCAACUGAAACCCUACGGCUGCUGCUCCCCUAGCUUCCCAACCCAAGCGCCUCGUCUCCAAUCCCCCCACGACGCCCCUCCUGAACCCGCAUCAAUCGCCCAUAUUUCCUCCACCUCCAACCGAAUCGGUCGAAACCGCGGCACGACCCCCCAAUGCUCGCGUCUUUGGGUGCAGUCUCACCUGAAUCUUGAGCGAUUUUCGCCCUAGCUUGGUCACAAUGGGCCGCAAGAAGAACGGCGGUUCCGGUGCCGGCUUUCUGAAGCCGCUCGGCGGCCUCCUUUCCGCCAGUAUGCCCGGAGCCGGCGCGGUGUUCUUCCUCGUCGGCUCCGCGCUCGGCUUCGUGGCGGUGCUCCACGCAUCCGAGUCGGAGGGGGCCGGCGGCGAGUGGGCUUCCGCGGCGCGGGGGGCUGCUCGGCGGGCUGCUGAACUGGCGGACUCGGUCGGCUCCCACCACCUGCUCAUCGCAAUCUCGCUUCUCUUCCUAGCCGCCAGUGUCUGGCGCCUCGGCAAGCGCUGCGCCGCCGUGGAGGGGCUCGCCGGCAGCGCGGAUUCUGCGGUGCGGGCAUUGCUCGUGGGGGGUGUCGUGUGCGCCGUUUGUGGGUCGAAGAUUCAGGCCCUGAAGAGAGGCCGCCGUGUUGCGGAGCGCACCCACUCGGAUUCCUCGAACGGCUACCCUGACAAGCCGAUCUCGAGGUCGUUGGCUGCUGAAUUCGAGCAGGAGGCUGACAAGGAUGAAGAGGAUAAUGCAGGCGAAAGCAGCGAUUCAGAUGAAGGCAAUGUGCAGUAUCUGAGGAGGAGGCUCAAGGAGGAGAGGCUGCUGAAGGAGGUUGCGCUCGAAGAGCUAGAGAAGGAGAGGCUGGCGGCGGCAUCUGCCGCCGAUGAGGCCAUGGCCAAGAUUGCCUGCCUGCGUAGCGAGAAGGCGCUGGUGGAGAGGGAGGCGAGGCAGUUACAGGAGAUGGCAAAGCAGAAGCAGCUGUAUGAUCGACAGGUGAUUGAGUCGCUCCAAUGGGUGAUCAUGAAAUCUGGAAUGCAAGGCUGGGAGCCUGAAGCCGCAUCUGAUCCAGCUGCGUCGGAAACAAGCGAGGAUGACAGAGAUAGGAAGUAGCUAGCCCCGGGUUCUUAGUAGUUGGAUGUAACAGUGAGGAAGGCACUGUGCUGGGGAAGUCAUUGCCUGCUUGAGUUCUUUGUCCUCUGAUCAGUUUUCAGCAGCCAAACAUGGCAUAAUGGCAAGUUUUGAUAAAUCAGGGAGGAUGCUCUAUGCCAAACUCUUGAGAGAUCUGUAAUAUCUACCUGUAUAUAUACCAUCUUUUACAAGUUGUUUAGCUACUUAAUAUGAUAAAAACCAGUACUAGAUCGUUCUACCUU